AUGUGGGGCGACGAGGUGGCCAGCUCGCACAGCGCCGACGCCGCCAGCGCCUUCAGCUUCGGGGACGCCCGCUCGCCGGCGUCGCCGGCGAGCCCGGGCCGGUCAGACGGAUGGACGGAGGCGUUCGCGGCCCUGCAGAGGCAGCGCGAGGAGGGCAGGCGCGCCGCCAGCGGGGCCACCGACGUCGGCUGGAGCCCGAGCGUGCUCCGCGGCGGCGGCGCCGGCGCGGCGGCCGAGCCGCGGCCCGACCUGGGCGCGGACAGGCGUUACUUCCUGCCCGGCGUGCCCAUGGAGCUGCGGGAGCACAGGGUCGAGCACUCUCCGUCGUGGACCAGCUGGCAUGCGGGCUCGAAGGCGGACAGCAGCCCUUCGACGCCGUCGACCGCGGCCCCCGCCUCGGCGCUGGCGACGCCAUCGCGGGGGACGGUGCUCGGCCGCAUCGUGCCGAACUUCGCCGCGCCGACCGCCCCAGCUGGCUUCGCCGACGGCCUCGGCUCCGCCUCCUUGGCCUCCGUGGCGGCGGUGCCAUCGAGCGUCCAGGCUGGAGGUGGCAUCUCCGACCGCCUCGCGGCGCUCACCGAGGCCUACCUGAAGGGUGUCCCCGCGCUGCUCCUCCCCGCAGGGGACGCCGCGGCAGUCUCAGGCCUGGAGUCGGCGCCCUUCGACUGCAUGCCGCGGUGCACGCGCCGGCUGUGCUGA